CGCGAAUCAGAUACCCUCAACAACGUCACUCCUCUCCGAAGACCACCUCGUGAGCCAACAGAGGGCUCGACCAGAGCUGGGAAUGCCUUCAGAUCCUCCCGUGAAUCCCUGCUCGGUACGGUUUGACCAUAUCAUCCCUCCUUGACGCCGUCGCGAAUCUAGCAGCCAUGGCAGCGCCACCCAAACCCCUCCAACUAAACACCUACCACUCCCUCACCACAGCCUUCACCGACUUCCUCGUCGUCGCAAUCCACACUAUCCUCUACGAGCGGGGUCUCUAUCCGCCAGAAACCUUUCUCCUGACCCGCGCCUACAACUUCCCCGUUCGUCAAAACCGGCAUCCGUUAGUCUGCAAAUGGAUUCUGGACGCGGUUUCCGCAGUGCGGGACCAGAUGCUCAAGGGCGCUGUCCGGCGGGUAGUGGUCGUUAUAUUUUCAGAUAAGCACGAGGUCAUGGAGCGGUUUCUUUUUGACGUGGAGAGGUUCCCCGCCGUUCCUGAAAAGGAAAUACAUACAGAGUUUGAGGAGCAGGCGGGGGAGGGUGGCGAGGAGGUGAAGGUCAGCAGGGUAGAUGUGGAAGAGCAGUUACGGGCUACGAUCAGAAAACUGGCUUAUUGUGGAGGGAAGCUGGGAGAGCUGCCCGAAGGCUGUACGUACACUGUUGCGGUGGAGUUGAAAGACAAAGCCGAUCCGCCGAUUGGGCAUCCGCAGCCUUGGGUGCCGUCUGAGCCUUCACUUCAAACGGGAGAGAAGGGAAACAGUACAAGGAUAGGAAGCGAUCUGGGAGGCGUCAAGAGCGUGCCCGUGAGAUCUGUGGAAGCCGGUGAAUUCAUUUUGGAAUCAUGGAUCGAGGAAGGAAAGGCAAAGCAAGCCUCUAAUCGGUAAUCGUCAGGGUGAAGAUUUUUAUCGUUUUCUCAAAAUCCAGGAGCUACCCUUUGCGAAAUCACAGCUUUGGAAGGAGGUAGAAAUCUCCAGCUACCGUGAUCAAUGAAAUUAGAUUAUAAUCUUCUCGCCUAGUACGCGUAAAGGCAACGGAAGAGAUCAUGUAUGGGCUUGCCAUGGGGAUAGACGGAAACAGAAUAGCUUUUUCAUUAGGCUGUCUUCCGUAGAUAUAGCUUAAGGUAGCUAUUGGCUUGCUAUUAUGCUUACCAUUAUGAGAGUUGUCCUCGACAAAGGUGUAAAAUAAAAGCUUUAUUACAGGAAAACCAGAAGCAAAAGGCAAAAGCCACUCCCGCGCUCACA